AUGUCUUUCACAAGGAGACAGUUCCUCGCGGCGGCAUUGGCCCUCUUGCCUCUCGCCCAGGCCCAGCAGCCGGCGGUUGCGAACCCUGCCAACCCGUCCCUGAAGACAUACAAGUGCUCCAAGUCCGGAGGCUGUGUUGCUCAGGACACGUCGGUUGUGUUGGAUUGGAACUACCACUGGAUUCACACCGCCAACGGCUACGACUCGUGCACCACCUCGUCCGGAGUGGACCCAACCUUGUGCCCUGAUGCCACGACGUGCUCCAAGAACUGUGUCAUUGAGCCGGCCAACUACACCUCUUCCGGUGUGGCCACCAGUGGUGACUCGCUCACUUUGCACCAGUACGUGAAGAGCGACGGGACCUACAACAAUGCGUCUCCCCGUGUCUACCUCCUCGGUCCCGACGGCGACUACGUCCUCAUGAAACUGCUGGGCCAGGAGCUCACCUUUGAUGUCGACCUUUCCACCCUGCCGUGUGGUGAGAACGGUGCACUCUAUCUAUCCGAGAUGAGUGGGAGCGGUGGACGCAAUGCCAACAACAAGGGCGGUGCCGCGUACGGUUCAGGAUACUGUGACGCCCAGUGCCCCCUCGAAACCUGGAAGAACGGCACCCUUGUGCCCGGUGGCCAGGCUUACUGCUGUAACGAAAUGGAUAUCCUGGAGGGUAACUCCGCAGCCAACUCUUACACACCUCACCCUUGCAGCUCCGAUGACUGUGACAAGGGUGGAUGCGGCUUCAACCCCUAUGCGCAGGGUAAGACCAACUACUGGGCGCCCGGCGGUACCGUGGACACCUCCAAGCCCUUCACCAUCAACACUCAGUUCAUCACCAACGAUGGUACAACCACCGGUACCCUCACCGAGAUCCGCCGUCAAUACAUCCAGAAUGGCAAGGUCAUCGCCAACGCCAAGUCUUCCGCCGGCGUGGACUCCAUCAAGGAGGCGUGGUGCGAGAGCGUGGAUGGCGCCGCCGCCACUUUCGGUGGACUGACCACCAUGGGCAAGGCUCUCGGCCGCGGUAUGGUGCUGAUCUUCAGUAUCUGGAACGAUGUCAGCGGCAACAUGAACUGGUUGGACAGUGGUAGCAACGGUCCUUGCAGCAGCACCGAGGGCAACCCUACCAACAUCAUUGCUCAGAACCCCGACACUCACGUUGUCUUCUCCAACAUCCGCUGGGGUGACAUUGGUUCCACUUUCAACGCCCCCGGUGGCUCUGGAUCGAGCUCGUCUACCACCACCAGCAAGGCCACCACCACCGUCGCUACGACCAAGGCGACCUCCACCACCACCAAGAUUUCCACCACCACCCCGCCGGUGGCGCGACUCAGACCCAAUGGGGCCAGUGUGGAGGCCAGGGCUACACUGGACCUACAGCCUGCGUGUCCGGAACUACCUGCAAGGCGCAGAACCCCUACUACUCUCAGUGCCUGUGAUUCAAAUUGA